AAUCUGCUGCGACAUUAUCUGUUUAGAAAGUACAUUGGAGUCUGUAAAAUGGCAUUUUACCAGGCUAUAGCUGCUUCUAGACGCAAACUAUUGGUUGAAGUCACUCUGUCUGGGCAGAGGACGUUCUUGCAUGUACAUCAAUUUCUGGGCAGGUGUUUCUACUACUCUUGGUAUCGUAUUUACUAAUCUAGUAAGGCAAGUGUGUUUCCCCAACACUGGUUAAUGUGCGGGUUCAAUAUGGGUUGAUGGUAUAACUUCUGUAUCGCUUUUUGUGUGUAAACAAAAAAAACCUGUAGGCUACCCAGCUCUGAAAUUAAACUUUAGAGCUCAGAUGAACAAACAUAACCAAGUCUCGUAUGAGCGCGUGUCCGUGGCCCCAUUCACCCUCCACCUCCGAGUUCACUUCUCUUCGCCUGCCUGUAUCGCUCCCCCAGAUCUCUCCUAUAUUUUCCUCCCCUCCACCCAGAGCCCCACCUAACCUGAUCCCUGCACGCCUUAAUUACUCCCGCAGGAAGACUGACUGCGUGGAAAGUGGAUGCCGCCGCAGUCAGCAGUCUCACGCGCGGCCGUCUCACACAAGCACACCUGUCCUCCCUUCGCUCGGCUUCACCUGGAGUCGCGACUCGUCUCACCUGACGUCUCAUCGGCGCUUCUCAGUUUGCUUUUUAGUUGUUUUUUUCUAUUUUGACCAACUGUGUUCUCGGUUCGUGGUUCCGAGACUCCAUCGCGACAACACAGAGCGCAGAUGUGAGAUGGGCUGUGGAAAUUCCUUGCCGACCAAACCCAGUCAAGGCCAAGUGGAAGAGACGAGAGAAGCUGCGAACAGGCAAGAGGAGCCCGUGGCGGAGGAGGAAGAUGAGAGGAAGAUCAACUACGGCGGGGUCUAUGUCGGGAUUCCUACAGACCCUAACGCGAUGAUGCCUGUUGAGAUCGGCUCGGUAGCCCGAGAAUCAAAGUGACCUCCUGAUGUUCGCACAUUGGCCAACGUCGGCGCUAAAACCACAAGAAUACACAGAGAAAAUAAGAGAUGAUCCACCUUAUUCAGACGGCUCACAUCCCAUUCAUAUCCCGAACGGGAAGUCAAACUUUCUCCCCGUUGUGUUGUGACAUGCCUACUGCAGUGCUGAUUUGAUAAAUACAUGGAUUAUUUGUAAGUUAAAACUUUUUUGUGCAAAUGUCAUGCCAAACACGACCAAACAUAAUAAUAUAAUCACACUGCAGGGAAACGCCCAAAGGGAUUUUGGUUCCUACUUUUAUUUCUGAGGAAGUAUAAUAAGUUGAUUCUGGUUAAUCGUGUUUGUUGUUUGGGAUAAAAGAGACUUCCUUCUCUAAAAUGUCAACUGAAACUUGUUCUAGAAAGUGUAUAUUCUCUUCAUUCUAGAACAAUCUGGCUGUAAUGCAAUGAGAUGAAACCUGUGUCUUAAAGAGGACAUAUACCACCAGGUGUGAGUGUGAUUAGCCUUACAAGCUCUUUCGAAAAUCUUCCCCUUAUGGCAUCACAAGUGGGCGUGUCCACCUAGAUGUGUGCUGGAUAGAUCGCCUACUCAGCGGACUGAAGUAAACGUUGCUCAUCUACCCAGCACAGAUCUAGAGGUACACGGCCACCAGUGAUGUCAUGUGGGGCAUAUUUUCCAAACGGUUUGUAAAGGCUAAUCACACCUGGUGGUAUAAUAUGUCCCCUUCAAUACAAAAGAGAAGCUAUGUUAUUUAACGUUUAAAAAUGAUGUAACUCCUUAAUCAUGUGUACAUUAAAGCGACACAUUGGAAACCAAGA